AUGGUUGCUAACUCCGAACGAAAUGAUGGGCCCUCAGAACAGUUUACACAAAAUGGUCCCAUACCUCGCAGAGAUCAUGGUGCACAAUUGCAUUUCAUACAAAACAAAUUGAAAGCAUUUCAUACGGAUCUGCUAAAUGAAGUCCAGGAACGUAUGUCCAAUAUUGUAAAUGAUCUGGAAAAGGAACUGAGGCAACAGGAGUUACAAAUUCAUGAAUUUCCUAAUUCACUAAGUCUUACAAAUUUAAAUUCAUUUACAAAUGGAAUUAACGCAGAUGCCUAUGAAGAACGUUAUGAUAGAAGAAAGAAAUUUCCUGAUAAAACAACUGAUAAGAAACGGGGAGCAGAACAGAGUUUUUUACAGAAAUUUCCAGAAAAAGUUUUCCAAAGUCGUGAAUCAUAUUUGACGACUUUAAUGAAAGUGGAUCACAUACGAACAAUAUAUAAUAUUUUUGUGGUGGGAUUUAUUUAUUAUGCUUUUCAAAAUAUACUACAGGAUUAUUUUACAAAUGGAAGAAUCACCCUGGCUGCGAAUUUAUUCCACACUGGAUUUGGUAACAUACAUUAUUCAUUGGCAGUGUGGCUUGGUUUAAUGUGUUAUACAUGUAGUGUAUAUUAUGCUUUGAAAACAUGGUCCAGUGUUCGGUUUAAACUUCGGCAUCAUGAACCCUUACAAAGGAUGUGGUCCCGCAUAUGGCUCAUGGCCUACAUUAUGGGUGUAAUAUUGUGUCUCUACCUACCGGUCAAAGCAUGUUUGUGGCUUGAUAUAAAAUAUGCCUCAUGUGCUGGACUACUUAUGGAAACUCUACGAAUGAUAAUGAAACAACAUGCCUUUGUCAGGACAAUUUGUGGCAGGGUCUUACAAGGAAAGCUAAAGAAUGGAGACGAUUCUUCUGAAAAGCCUGUGACAAUGCCAGGUUUUGGCAAAUAUUUGUAUUAUUUAUUUGCCCCCACACUAAUGUAUCAGGACAACUAUCCACGUACCUCACACAUACGCUGGAAAUUUGUGGCAGCUCGCUUUGCGGAAUGUGUGGCCUAUGUCCUCCUUUUUGCAUUUCUCUAUGAAAACCAUUUGCGGCCAUUUAUGGAGAAUUUUGGAAAAAUGGAAUUGAGUGCAGCUCUAUUGAUACGAACCUAUUUUAAUAUACAAUUGACGGCAAUGUUAUUCCUGCUGAGCGGUUUUUAUUUCCUUCUACAUUCCUGGCCAAAUUUCACUGCCGAAUUGUUACGUUUCGGUGAUCGUAUGUUCUAUCGCGAUUGGUGGACCUCCCGUGAUAUGUUUGAAUAUUUUCGUAAAUGGAAUUUGCUGGUCGGCGAUUGGCUAUAUGAAUAUGUUUUUAAAGAUUUCUAUAGAUAUGUUUUUAAGGGUAACAAGGCCGCCUGUGAAAAUUGUCCCAAGGAGGCAAGUGGUGGAGGACGAUGGGGUGAUUGGCUGAUGCCAUAUUUAAUUAGCUGUAAAAUAAAAUAG